AUGACAGCAUUUAUAGUGGACCUGCAGGCGGGCCGGAGGCCGUACGCGCAGCAGCAGCAGCAGCAGCAGCAGCAGCAGCAGCAGCAGCAGCAGCAGCAGCGGCUGCGGCAGGGGGAAGACGCCCGGCACUGCAGCAGAACCAGCAGCACCGAAAGCCUCUCCGGGUCCGUCUACGGAGAGCCCGAGCCGCACCACGCAGGAGGCGCAGCGACGCAGCAGCAGCAGCAGCAGCAGCAGCAGCAGCAGCAGCAGCAGCAGCGGGGGCGUGGGGCAGCAGCCGAGAGGCCCCCGCAGGGCGCAGGAUAG